AGCGCAGCGUGUUAGUCAGGAAGGAUAUGACGCAAAGAAUGAGGAGUGUUAAAUAGUUGUUGAGAGAUGAAGGGUAGUCAGUCGAACUAUCAGCCAUAGUGGCAAUAUAGUUAGUUUCGUGACCAAUACAUUAAUUAGGCCACAAGCGUCUAGAACUCCAUGGUCAAAGGCCCAGAAUAAAAUUGAUACAAUCGGAAGAACGCUAAAUGAUAGUGGAUUAAGAAUAUAAGCCAUGGCACUAUUGUAUAUAACGUUUAUAGUUCUUCUUGUAAACCAAAUAGCGGCACAAAAAAAAUGUGUCGACGGCACUGUAUAUGAAAAUGAAAAAACUGACUAUUAUUGGAGAGAGUACGUCGGGGAAAUACCAUGUGAUGCAAUCCCUGGCGGUUUUGAUAGGUCUGGGAAACCCACAUAUAUCGGGCAAAUGUAUCAUUCAAAGUUUGGUCUGCUUCCAUCGACCAUACACAAUGGCUCCACCAAAUUGCUAUCCUCUGGUGGUGGAAACUCAUUUACAUCCGAUACAUUUGUCAAGAUUUUGUGCAGCCGACACCACGACAGAUAUAAAUGGAUACCUACCGAAAAUUCAAAAGGUCACCUACUAACAAACUACCAUUUGGUAAUUGGGGGUAACGAGGCUGGAUACGUUAUAAAUAUAGGACGAGUAAAUCACGAAAUGGAAAUCGUUAUUGGUAAAGUAUUUGCUCACCACACGCCAUACCGAGGUCUAUCCAUACCGAAUAAGGAGAACGAGGCAACAUACCAAAGUUACGAAAUUUUAGUGUAUGAUUAUUGUUAUUACAAAGCAUGCAAUAACACUACUGAUAUUUCUAAUGUAAGAUUGUAAGCAAAUGUUAUUACCUACGCAGAAAUAAAGUUCUCAAUGACAA